AUGACUACCAAGACUAUCGCAUACCAGGACCAAAAGAAAAAAAUGAUUGAGGCACUAGAGCUGGAGCGUGAAAUACGCCAGGCCGACAACAUGAGGUUUUUCAUUCCAAAGCUGGAGGCAAAAUUGGGAAUAACGUUGGAGACAAAGAACGCAAUGACAAGUGAUGGCAUUGCAUAUACUAUGUACGAUGAGACUGAAACAGCAAAGAAAAACACUGGCAUCGAGAAUCUGGCGCAGAAAAUCAACAAGGCGGCCGAGGCACUGCGCAAGACGACAAGAAAUGACGGGAAGGACUUUAUUUUCGCGACCCAUCAGGCGGUCAUUCGAGAAGCAAGCAAUUCCAUCACCGAGUUAAAGAAGAAGUGCCCUAGCUAG